AUGGACAACCUCUUCGCCAUUGGCGUUGGUCUCGCUCUCCGCGCAGUCAUCGACUCUAUCACGCACCAUAACCACAGGGUCAAUGGGUCGCUCGUUGGCUUGUGGGAGGGAGCCGUGCUGCACCAUUUUUUGGCGAAAUUUCCUUCAUCAUUCGACCCGUAUGUCGCUUUUGGCUUCCGGCUCUUCAUCGAUCUCCUAGUUACGGAAAGCCUGACGAGGAUGACGAUUGUCAUUCUGUGGACCGGACUGGGGAUGCUGCUCUCCGAUCUCGGCGUCGACAUGUGGGCCGAUAAACGGGUGCGGAGGCUCUGGCGUCGCAUCCGGCAUGCUUCACCGUUCUAUAUCUCCAGUAGCAGCAACAAAGUGCCCACAGGGAACUCCGUAUCUCGCGUCCAGUUUCUUCACAUUCCAACUAAUUCGACGGUGUCGUCGAACACUGCACGCAGCCCCCGGUCCCCGCAGGAUUCACAGGCUUCAUUGCGCUCGCGCGAUCCUCCAUCUCCCUCUUUCCGUCGCCCAAGUACACAUCCCAUUCCGGGUGCAUUCUCCGAUUCCUCUGAAGCGGUGAGCGAUGUCUCCAGGCAGCGUAUCGUGCUGCAACAGCAGCAAUUACGGCAAGAGCAGCAGCGUAUACGACAAGAACGGCUGCAGCAGCUUCAGCUUCAGAGGCAGCAGCAACUACCACCCCAGCCAUCAUCGCCUCAAAGUCCUCAGCAACCGCCACCCCAGUUGCAGUCACCUCAGGGUCCUGAGCAGCUACUACCCCGUGAGCAGCAACAAUCACUACCACAGCGACAGCACCAGCAACAACCUCUACAAUUACCGCAGCAGCAACAACCUUUACAAUUACCGCAGCAGCAGCCUCCUUUUCCGCCUCAGCUGCAAUCGCGGACACCUUCAGAAGAGCUGGAAUAUAUUCCUCUCAUUCCGGAUACCUCGGGAGACGAAUUCCCUCCAGUCCGUCCUCGAGCGUCUGCAUCCGAUGCAUCUGGUCUCACCACCCCGAACGAGCACGGGUCCCCGAAAAUCCUCGUACACAGUCCGCGACCUAAUUACUCUGGGCUAACCACUCCAGCGUCUUCUCCCCCCCAUGUAUCGCAGGAGCAGCUCCCUCCCGUCACGAUUUAUGGUGAUGCCGACAGCAAGGGACAACCCUACAUGUCUAACCCCACUGAACUCUCUGACGUCCCUCCUAUACCCAUCCGCCUCCGCCCCGUGCCAGAAGAACCCGAUACCAGCGGAGAAGGGUCUACGAUCACGUUUCCCCAACCCGAUAUUAUUGAUCCGCAACCCAGCCCUGCCAUCCAGCCGCCGCUGGCUGAGAUGCCCAUCAUUCCCGGUCCAGAGGACGGAGAGAUGGCUGCGGCCGAACCCUCGACUGCGUUGGACGAUGCCGAUAGAGGUCCUCCGCCUUCGUAUACCCAGGCGCAGGCGGACGACAGUCCAGAUAAUGUAUCCGAAAAAACGGCUGCCGAAAGCGUCAUAUCGGGGCAUUCAAAGAGCAUCAUCGUCGCGAAAGCUGACGAACUUCGCAAACAGGCCGCUGAAGAAGAGGUAUUGCGGGCGAGGCUUCGUCGAGAAUGCAGUGAAGCGCGGAGGAAUCACCAGUAUUGGAAAGCAUUUCAGCUGAACGUCGAGAUUAAGGAGGCGGAGGAGAAUGCAAAGCAGUUGCACGCGAAGGCCGCUCGUCGGUAUUACAAGGCGCAUAACCUCAAUCCCGAGCCUCAUGAAGUUGAUGUACAUCGCCUCCAUGUUCCCGAGGCUAUCGAGAAAGUCGAGAAAGCAUUAUACGACGCCAUGAUGUCUGGCGCAACCGAGUUGCGCAUCAUUACCGGCAAGGGGAUUCACUCACAGGGGGUCAACCCCAAGGGAGUUCUGAGACGUGCAAUCAUCGGCGCGAUGCAAGACUACCACAUAGAGGCGAAGCCUGCCCUUGGCAAUGAUGGUGUACUCAUUAUCACUCCUCCAGCGAAGCCCGCGGAGGCGCCUUCCAGAUCAUAG